AUGUGGGAUGUUGGCGGACAAGAUAGUUUGCGGAAAACCUGGGAAACCUACUACACAGAUACGAAAGUAAUUAUCCUCGUGAUCGACAGCACAGAUCGCGAGAGGCUGGGACUAUCAAAGGAGGAGCUAAAUCGUAUGCUAAAUCACAGCGACCUAAAAGGCAGCAGUCUGUUGGUGCUCGCAAACAAACAAGACUUGGAAGGAGCACUCACAGCAGCAGAAAUCAGUCAAUAUCUAAACUUGUCUUCGAUCAAAGACCAUGGCUGGAAAAUACAAUCAUGUGUAGGUACCACUGGGGAGGGGUUAUGGGCUGGCUUAGAUUACGUUGUUAACGAAGUUCGAAAUAAGGAAUCUGAAUCGUAG